AUGGUGCGCAUGGACGAUGAGCGACUACCCAAACGACUCUUCUUCUUUGGAGACGUCGCGACGGGUUCUCGCUGUCAAGGAGGCCAGAUUCGCCGUUACAAGGAUACCCUGAAGUCCUCCCUGAAACGCCUGCAAAUCAACGCCACCAACUGGGAGGAGCUCGUGCUCGAUCGACCGACCUGGAGGAGGACAGUGAAGACAGGCGCUGCGAUCUACGAAGCCAACCGCAUCGCUGCCGCCAAAGCGAAACGUGAAGCCCGCAAAUCACAACUGCGUCCAGUACGCAACGCCGCCGACAACCGCUUCCAACGUGUCCUCGAUGUCAACGGACAUUCCGGGCUCGAAUCGGACUUGUUGGACAUCUUCGGAUUAACUGCGCCUCUCGAACGGCACCAACCAUCGUCCCCCCGCCCGCUUCUUCCUCCUCCUCCUUUCCGCCGCCAACUAACUCUGACAAUUCUUCUGACCCACCACUUCCAUCCUCCUCCUCCCCCUCCUCCUCCUCGUCCACUGCUCCAACGGCGGCCGCUCAGGCGACUGUCACGCACGCAUCAACCGACACCACACCCACUGCCUUCGACUCCAGCGACGAGGAUCAGGACUACACCUGCCCUCACUGCGACCGCACCUUCACCUCACACAUCGGCCUGGUCGGUCACCUGCGAAUCUAUCGCACAGCGACUGGCGAACCAGUGCCUGAAGCACCAACCUACACCUACCGCACUCGCCUCCACUGCCCACACUGCCCUCGCACCUUCAGGCAUCGCAUUGGCCUAUUUGGCCACAUGCGCAUCCGCGAGAGCGGCCUUGACCGCACUCCCGACACACCCACCACAUCCAACACAUUCACCGUGCACACCCCCACCCUCGCUCCAUCCGUCUGCGCCACCACCACCACCACCACCGCCUCCUCUUUAG